AUGUCAGGCGAAGGGUACCACAAUCUGGUGAAAGAAGUCCAUCGAAUCUAUGCCUACAUGACCGAAGGUUUUGACACGGCCUCGUUCAUUGGCCAGGCAAACGUCCGAGACAACUUCAACGCUAGUCCCGAAGAAGCAAGACUUUACAACAAAGACUUCUACCUGAGCGCCCGUGGAUUUGACGAAGCCCAUAGCACGGCAACGGAUACUCUAGACCGAGCCUACUUGUAUGCCUCUGAGGGCGAUGACUAUCUGUCGCUGGUCGAUGAUGAGAUUGAACUCAGGGGAGACAACUUUACCCUGCACACAUCGAACUAUAACUAUGCUCGCGUUUCUGCCAACCAAGGUGGGUUAGACGAGGCACACCUGCGAGGGACGAAUUUAAAUGACUAUUUGCGAAGUCGACCUACUGAGGCAACUUUCGAUUACGGUAAGCGUCGAUUGAUUGCUGGUGGAUUCGAGCGAAUCGUCGCUGUUGCAAGCACGGGCAACGACACAGCUGACUUUUAUGAUUCGCACUACACAGACGUCUUUAGUGCUGAUUCCGAGCGAGCCUCGAUUAAGAAUGCAAUCAAUGAAACGACAGCCAUUGGAUUCAAGCAAGUCAACGCUUACAUGGAAGCCGGGGGCGACGAUUCUGCAACCAUUGGUGGCAGUAAGGCUGCUGAUCGUUUUCAGGUCUCGCCUACCGAUUGGACGAUGCAAGGAAAUGGAAGCUUCCUGUUCGGCUCUGGCUUCACCAACGUCACUUGCCAUGGAGAGUCACACGACAAGAUCUAUCUUUAUGACUCGUCUGGAAACGACAAGCUGGAGAUCCGAGAAGAUCGCGUCACCAUGAGCGGUCAACGUUUCUCGAACACGGCGAUCGGUUUCGGCAAGGUCAAUAGCGAGGCGACCAUUUUCGGACGAGGUUUCAGCUACAACGCGACUGGCUUCGACGGAAUUGAUGCCUACUAUUCGACGCUCGAUGGCAAAGACAAUGUCGAUCUGGAUGGCAACAUAGAAUAUGACCUGCUGGCAACAGACCUGGCCGAAGCUCGCUAUCAGUUGAGCUUGGCAUUGACUUCCGAUUCCGAUCGCAUCACGCAGAAGUCACGUGUGAAAAAGCUACUGUGA